CAAUGGAUAGAAUGGGGAGAGCUAGGCCUUCUCCAGAAUGGACUUGAAGUUAAGACCAACAGUCAAACAAUCAGAUCGGUGUCCGGUACAGACUGCAAACACGUUGAGAAUACAUCUUUCCAAAGCGCCCCAAGUACAGAGUCAAAUGAAGAAUUUCACAGUUUAAAGAACAAGGGAAAAGGUAUAAUUACACACCAAUCUAGAACACACGUGGAAGAAAAUACAGAAAUAUUGUCCUUGAGCCUAAGCAAUAUCGUGAUCUUGAAACGGAUCAGGGAAGGAGUAAAUCAAAGUUACCAGCAAAAGAGUACGAUGACUUCGUACAGGCAAACAGUAAUGGCCAAUCUGAGCGUGACUGUAGCAAACAAAUGUGUUCAGGUUUGGCGCCGUUGAACUGGCUGAGUCCACGUACAGAAAGACAGGCACACAACAACAACCAUUCCGCUGCAGAUGACUUAGACAACAUAUUUGAUGAGUUGAGACAUUUCCCCGACGGCGACAAGGACUUCGAUUGUGACAGAAUACAGAGAACGAGUACACCUGAGUGCAAGCGACAGAGCCCAUACCAAGAGGAAACACUCGCGUCCGACCUCGCGGCCGCUUUCGAGGAACUCUUGCAGAUAGAUAAAAAGUAUCACCGUAAAGAGCAUUCAAAACGCUAUGUAAGCUCUUCCUCACCAGAAGAUAAAGUUGAAGGAAAUGUUAAAGCCUCAGUCCAAAGAUUUGAAGACAUUUUGGCCAAAACAGUUUCGCAAAGUCACAGAUGGCGUGGAGAGGGUUAUCAGAGGUCUGAAGUAAGACUAACCGCGGAAACAGGUCACCUUGUAUGGAAGAAACCAAGAGGCACUCUGGAGCUGGUCAUCGGGGAGGGAGACAAAACCAAGGCCUUCAGAUGUUACCUUGACCCACAGAAUUCAGGUGUGAAACUCAGUCACCUUAACAAUGAUGGGCUACUGGAAAUGGUACUGGAUGGCACAGAAAGUCCCAGAUGUUCCCGCAGUGAGCGCCGAGUCACCAAUCAAAUAGGGCUGAAGGAAAACUACUUCCGGUUUGAGUCGUAUGAAGGACACGUGAGACUACUGUUGGACCCACUUCUGGACUCAAAAUGGGACUUCUUCAAAAUGAAUUAUGUCAUACUGUGAUUUUUUCUGUUUAAUUUGAAAUCUCAAAGAUUUAUUAUCACUACAAUGAUGUGUGUAUAUUGACGUAUCAUUUUAAGGAGGAGGCAUUCAACUCAAUCUAGUUGGUUUUUGGUGGUACCACAACAGGUAAUAGAUCGAUUGCAAAAUGACACCAUCAUUGGUGUGCGCUAUGCAUUGUGGGAUUCUACACGGGUUUGAUUACAAUACCAGAGUGCUUUAUCCAAAAUAUGCUUUAUACAAGUCAUUUUGUAUAUC